AUGGAGUCUCUGGUUGGAUCAUGUGUCAGAAAGUUGCACAAUAUCGUUAUGGAGGAAGCAAUUCUUAUUUUAGGCAUAAAAGAAGAGCUUAGAACACUCGGACGAACAAUGGCCCAAUUGCAAUGUUUUCUUAAUAGUGCUGAGCAAAGGAGGUUCGAAGAGUCAAAAGUUAACGAUUGGCUUGGUGAAUUGAAAGAUGCUAUGUAUGAAGCUGAAGAUAUUAUGGACUUGGCUAGUUUUGAAGGAAGCAAGUUGCUAGCACAGAAUCCUUCAUUGCCAUCUUCAUCAUCGAUAAACUUCACUAGAUGUGCUGGUUUUAAUAAUGUUCUCUCCUGCAUUCCUAAUAUCCGUAGGCGUCAUGAGAUUGCAAUUCGAAUAAAAAACUUCAACUCUGAACUUGAGAAGAUUUUAAAGAUGGGCAAACGCUAUUUAAAGCUCCAAAAUAUGCAGCCUACGGUGAUAGUUUCAGCAGUGAAACCAAUGAAAACAUGCCACCUUAUGGAACCUAAUCUAGUUGGCAAGGAAACUUCUCAUGCUUGCACAAGAUUGGUGCAACAAGUGCUUGCACACAAGGAUAAAAAGCUAUACAAGCUUGCUAUUGGAACUGGAGGAAUCGGAAAAACAACGGUGGCUCAAAUCGUUUAUAACACACAAAUAGUAGAAAUCUUUAGCAAACGAGCAUGGAUUUGUGUUACCCAGGAUUACUCUGAAGUAGACCUUUUGAAAGAAAUUCUUCGAAAUUUUGUAGUGUAUCAAGAGCAAGGAGGAACUGUCACAGAGCUAAAGAGCAAGCUUGCAGAAACCGUUAAAGGUUCAAGUUUAUUUCUAGUUUUGGAUGAUGUUUGGAAGCCUGAGGUGUGGACCCAUCUACUGAGAACUCCAUUGCUUAGUGUUGCAACUGCAAUCAUAGUAAUAACUACUCGACAAGAAACAAUUGCAUGUGCAAUUGGUGUAGAAUAUAUGCAUCGGGUUGAACCAAUGUCGUCAUCCGUAGGAUGGGAACUUCUUUGGAAGAGUAUGAAUAUUGAAGAGAAAGAAGUUGAAUAUUUGAAAAAUAUAGGGAUAGAGAUUGUUCAUAAAUGUGGCCGCCUUCCUCUUGCAAUCAAGGUUAUUGCUACAUUAUAUCUGAAAGAUUGGUUCAUCCUUUGUGAUGAUCUUAUCGGGUAUUGGAUUGCUGAAGGUUUUGUGGAAGAGCAAGAAGGACAACUUCUAGAAGAUACAGCCGAAGAAUAUUACUAUGAGUUAAUAUAUAGGAAUCUCCUUCAACCAGAGCGUACAUAUUUUAACAAUUAUCAGGAGAUGAAAUUUUUUUACGGAGAACCACAAGCAUUGGAGGCUAAAACAUUGUCCAAAUUACGACGUGCUUCAAUUUAUACUAAGAAUGAUUCUACGGUGUUCUCUCAUGUGGACAAGGAACACACAAGAGCAAGGACUUUGAAUAUUCAAUGCAACAAAUCAUCAGUAGUUGAAAAUACAAUUUUAAACAGAUUUCCAUGCCUUAGAGUUUUAAACCUGACUGGUUCUCCAAUAGAAAAAAUUCCACAUUGUAUUGGUGAUUUGAUCCAUCUAAGAUUACUUGAUCUUGAUAACACUAACAUAUAUUGCCUCCCAGAGUCCAUCGGUUCACUGAAAAACCUGCAAAUACUAAACUUGGAUCGGUGUGUUGCUUUACAUAGACUCCCUAUGGCGAUUACUCAAUUGUGUAAUUUAAGGCGUCUUGGUCUUUCCCAUACACCAAUAAAUGAGGUUACAAAGUGGAUAAGCGGGUUGAAAUUCCUAAAUGAUUUAGGAGGAUUUUCUAUUGGUGGUGGAAGUGGGAAUACUAAAAGACAAGAUGGAUGGAACAUGGACGAGUUGGGCCCUCUUUCACAACUGAGGCGCCUUGAUAUGAUCAAAUUGGAAAGAGCAACUCUCUUUUCUGGUACAGAUUUAUUGCUAACAUCCAAGAGGCAUCUUAAAGUUUUGUAUCUUUGCUGCAAUGGAUUGACUAAUGAAGUGCAUUCUGAUGGAGAAGUUAUCAAUAAUGAGAUGAUAUUUGAACAACUGACCCCUCCGCGCAACCUGGAAGAUCUAUCUAUUGUGAAGUUCUUUGGUCAGAAGUUGUACAUUUAUGGCUGCCCCAAGCUAAGGGCCCUCCCACAACAACUUGGACAAGCAGCCACUAGAUUCAAGGAGCUCCAUAUAAGAGGAGCAAACCGCUUGAGGGUGGUGGAGGACCUUCCAUUCCUUUCAGAUUGUCUUUCAGUUCGUCGAUGUGAAGGCCUUGAGAGGGUCUCAAAUCUUCCACAUUUGAGAAAGUUGUAUGUUGGUGUUUGCCCAAAUUUGUGCAUCGUUGAUGAUUUGAAUAAUUUAGGUCUACUGCUGAAGACCAAAGAUAUGCAAGGGAUGUCUUCACAGUGGGUGCCUUAG